UGCCCGCCCGCUCCCGGGCCGCGACGAUCGUGCGCGCUACGCUAUCGAUUUUCCGCCUGACGCCUCGAAAACGCACUCAAAUUGCACACAUCAAACCCAACGUAGCACACCAUGAAUCAAAAACGCGAAACCGAAACGUAAAAACGUAAAUGCGAGCGCGUUAUAAUAAUUGUAGGCGCCCCCGGACUGUCUAAGGAUCAGAGGGAGACGGCGCUGGGAGAAGGAUAGAAUAUUUUAAAUGUUUCACAUAAAUUAAUUAUGGUUUCAGUGGUAGACGUUAAUUAAUCGUUUUAUUGUGUCGGUGUUUUUGGUGUCCACUCCGCGCAAACCUAAAUCCUGCCUUCAUACCAUCCACUGCCAAGUUGGCAAAAACCUGCGUUGUUUGCGUCGAAAAAAGAAGAAGAAGAAGACACUAGUGAUGGGCGAAAUGUGUUAUCGAUAACUCUCAAGUGUGAUGUGCUAGUGCGUUGUGAUAAUGGCAACACCACCCGAGUCCCCUGUAGAGGAACACGCGUACGAAUUAGAGCCGAACAGGACUCCAAAACCGAUACCCGUCGCUUUAGAGGAAUUGUGCAGGCAAACUAAAUUCUCUAAACAGGAAAUAAGAGUCAUGUACAGAGGAUUCAAAACGGAAUGUCCGGAGGGAGUGGUGCACGAGGAGUCGUUCAAGGACAUUUACGCGAAAUUCUUCCCACAUGGUAAUUCAGCGUUGUACGCGCAUUAUGUGUUCAAAGCCUUCGAUGUGAAUUCCAGUGGAGCUAUUAGUUUUAGGGAAUUAUUGGUGACUCUCUCGACGCUGCUGCGAGGGUCGGUGUACGAGCGACUGCGCUGGGCGUUCCGGCUGUACGACGUGGAUGGAGACGGAGCCAUCACGCGGCAGGAGCUGGCCGAGGUGGUGGUGGCCGUCCACGAGCUGCUGGGCAGGCGGGCGCCGCCGGGCUCCCCGGCUUCGAGACUCGAUGACGCUAAGGCUAAUGAACAGGUUGACCGCGUGUUCCGGAAGCUGGACCUGAACCAGGACGGCGUGAUCACGAUAGAGGAGUUCCUGGAGUCGUGCCUCAAGGAUGACGUCAUCACGCGGUCGCUGCAGAUGUUCGACACAGCGCUAUGACGUCAGAGUGACGCCGCGCAUGAGCGCAUCCCUAGGGUAGUUGUGAAACGCCCUAUCUACCGACACGACUGUCAAUGUCACAUGAACGGGUUCUUCCACAAGAUGGCGGCGGCGUGCCUAUCACGCGCCGCGCAGUACGUGCGACAUGUCGCCGUGCUAGAGAACUUCUACAACCGCAUCGUCAAGCCGCGAAUACGCAGCGUUUUGUAUUUUAAUUUCUAAUAUGGAUUCCAACAUUUUUGAAAUUAAAUAAACUUUUCAAAAUAACAGCAUAAUAUCGGUAGGUACUCGAAAAAAGUUUUUCAGCCUUUCAAAAACACAGGUGAUGUUGCUGCUCUUAAAAAAAUUUAAAACUGCAACAUUCGAAUAUAACUUUUGAAUUUCAAACAAUUGAUUUGUUUGCCAAUACCGUACUAUUCUAUUCUUGCUACCUAUGUA